UUACGUCACUUCCCCCCUUUCGACUGACGUGUCUGAAACAGUGUUGCGGCAAAGCGAAGGCGACUGGAAAUUCCCAGUCGGAAGUUGUUCGACUUGGAUAAAAUUACGUCCUUCGGGGAAAAGGCGACAGCUUUGACGGCUGAGCGGCCGAGAUGCUCGACUUCUUCGCCAUCUUCAGCAAGGGGGGUAUUGUACUGUGGUGCUUCCAUGAAGCCGGAGUCACCGAGUCCUUCACGGGGCCCGUGAACGCGCUCAUCCGCUCCGUCAUCUUGCAGGAGCGCAGUGGAAACAAUUCCUACACUCAUAAUGCCCUGACAUUGAAGUAUAAACUGGACAAUGAAUUUGAACUGGUCUUUGUGGUUGGCUUUCAAAAGAUCUUAACGCUGACGUACGUAGACAAGUUAAUAGAUGAUGUCCAGCGCCACUUCCGAGAUCGUUAUAAGAACGAGCUGGAGGAGAAGGGUGCCCUCAAGUUACUGCUCAACAGCUUUGAGUUCAACGAUGAGUUCCAGACCCUUCUUCGCAUGGCAGAGGAGAGUAGCAGGUCUCGUGGCCCUGUCUUAAUGAAGAGCUUCGAGAAGUCCCAGAAAUCCCAGAAGACUGUGAAAUCCAUGAUCGAGACGAAAGGAGGGGACAAGAGCAAGGAGCAGGGCGGAAAGAACAAAAAAGGCAACAAGAAAGAGGCCCCAGCUCCUGAGCCGACCGUUGCAGACCCACAGAAGGGAGGCGCUGCAGCCGUCUCCCCAAAGGUGACUGAGAAUGGCAACCAGACCCUUACGCAGGAGGAGAUGAUCAUGCUGAAGCGCGAGGAGUUCCGCAAGAAAAUGGGGGGAGGCAAGGAGAAGUCCAAGAAGUCUCCGAAACCCCAGAAGCCCAAGGGCAAAGAGAAGCGCGUGUGGGACAUGGGCGGUAGCAGCACCAAGGAGCUUGACUACAGCGCGAGCAAUGGGGGAAACUCCCUGGAAACUGCAAGUUUCUCCAAGGACAUCAUGGAAGACCUGGGGUUCCAGCCACAUUCAAUGGAGGGUGACCUGCCCACUGUGGACUAUGAGUCAAGCGAGGAGGGAGAGGAGGACGAAGAGGACAGAAGUGCAGUUGUCACCAGUCCAGACAAAAAAAGUGCCAAGAAAGGGGGCUUUGGGGGAAUGUUUGGGAUGCUGAAGGGGCUUGUGGGCUCCAAGAGCCUUACUCAAGAGGACAUGGAGCCAGUGCUGGAAAAGAUGAGGGACCACCUUAUCGCUAAGAAUGUAGCAGCUGACAUUGCUUCCCAGCUCUGCAACUCAGUGGGCAAGAAACUCGAGGGCAAAGUAAUGGGCACCUUCACCACUGUGGCCUCCACCGUGAAGCAGGCCUUGCAUGACUCCCUGGUACAGAUCCUGCAGCCCAAGAGGCGCGUGGAUGUGCUGCGGGAUGUCCUAGAGGCCCGUGCCCAGCGACGCCCCUAUGUCAUCACCUUCUGUGGUGUCAAUGGGGUGGGCAAGUCCACCAACCUGGCCAAGAUCUCCUUCUGGCUGAUCGAAAACGGCUUCUCAGUGCUCAUUGCUGCCUGUGACACUUUCCGCGCCGGGGCCGUGGAACAGCUGCGCACACACCAGCGCCGCCUCAACUCCCUGCACCCACCAGAGAAGCACAGCGGACGUCAAGUCGUUCAGCUUUAUGAGAAGGGAUACGGGAAGGAUGCGGCCGGCAUCGCCAUGGAGGCCAUCGCCUAUGCGCGGAACCAGGGUUUUGAUGUAGUGCUGGUGGACACGGCUGGGCGCAUGCAGGACAAUACCCCACUGAUGACCGCGCUGGCUAAGCUGAUUGCCGUCAACAUGCCGGAUCUGGUGCUGUUUGUUGGGGAGGCUCUGGUUGGCAACGAGGCCGUGGACCAGCUUGUGAAGUUUAACCAGGCCCUGGCUGACCACUCGAUGUCAGACAAACCUCGUCUCAUCGAUGGUAUCAUUCUCACCAAGUUUGACACCAUUGAUGAUAAGGUUGGUGCUGCCAUCUCUAUGACCUACAUCACUGGGCAGCCCAUCGUGUUCGUGGGCACUGGGCAGACCUACAAUGAUCUUCGCAGCCUCAACGCCCGGGCCGUGGUUAACACUCUCAUGAAGGCCUGAGAAGAGGCUGGUGGCCAGCCGCCUCCAUGCUUUGAGAAUUCCAGCUCUGCUACAGCGGCUUUGACCCCUUGAAGCACCCCUCCAAUGCCCACCGCAACAACUAGACCCCCCUACUCUGCAGGCUACUGCCCAGCUUCAUCAGAGGCACCUGUGGGGCAAAUGACUCUUACCUCAGUUCCACAUGAGCUUUAAAUAAAAGGAAAAAAAACUGGAUUGAACUGAAUCUAGCAGGACUUAUGACAUUCUCAAUUUUGGUUUAAUUUUGUCAGGGAUGCCAGCUUUCUUUCCCCCAGUUUAUAGGUUUUUUUUUUUUUAACUUGUGAACAUACAGUAUUUUUCUCCCCUAGUUUUGUUUAUUGUAGAGGGUACUGCACUGACUGACAAUGCAGCAUUUUCACAGUACAUCAAGGUGUGGAGAAGCAGAGAGCUGCAUUUCCUGCCUCGUUUCAAGUCUUUCACCCUCUUAUGAGGAUGUUACCAUAGUGCCUAUUCUUGUACAGAUCCCCUACCACCACCAUUGACCUGUCUGUGGGAUUGUUUUUGCGAAGCUCAAAAGAUCCUUCUGAGUUUCUCUUGCCCAUUUGAAAAUGGGCCUUUAUUACUGUUCAAACUUUGGGCUGCCUUACUCUUGAGUGUUGGCUGCUUGGCCAGUUUCACCUUUUCAUUAGGCUAAACCCUCAAUCCCCCAAGAGAUGUUUUAAAUGUCUUAAGCUUCUCCAAUCCCUUUAAUUAUGCUGUAGUGCAAUAGGAGAGAAUCAGGAGCUAUAUGAAUACAUUUGAGAAUGUAAUAUUUCUUAAAUAAAGCUGCUAUGAUAGCUGGUCAUGGGUUCUCCAUGUGUAAUGCCUACCCUGUGACAUGAAAUGACUUCUGUGCAGUUUCUCUAGUGAAAGCAUUGACUCUGACCCAGGCUGAUAUUGCUAAAUGGCUACUCCCC